CCCCAUCCUCGCCUCCUGCCUGCGCGUGUCCCGCCCUGCCCACCGGCCCCCCGAGCGCAGCAUGGCUGACCCCGCGGCGGACGCCGGCGCGCCGGCCACGCUGGACCAGUUCGAGCGGAUCGAGGAGGUCGGCCACGGGUCCUUCGGGCGGAUUGUCAAGGUCCGCCGGCGGAGCGACGGCCAGCAGCUGGUCUGGAAGGAAAUCGACUACAAGAACAUGGGCCGGCGGGAGAAGCAGCAGCUGGUGGCCGAGGUGAACAUCCUCCGAGCGCUGCGGCACUCGAACAUCGUGCGCUACUUCGACCGGAUCCUGGACAGCGAGCACUGCCGCCUGUAUGUGCUGAUGGAGUUCUGCGAGGGCGGCGACUUGAAGAUGUUCCUGUCGAAAUAUCGGAAAGAACGGACCUUCCUCGAUGAGGAUCUCAUCUGGCGCAUCUUCACGCAAAUCGUCCUGGCCCUGCACGAGUGCCACACCCACAAGGAUGGCAUCAUCCUGCAUCGGGACCUGAAGCCGGGGAACAUUUUCUUCCUGGACCCCAGCCACACGACGGUCAAGCUCGGGGACUUCGGCCUGUCGCGGACCCUCGAGUCGUCGGCCACCCUGGCGCAGACCUUCCUCGGCACGCCGUACUACAUGUCCCCGGAGCAGGUGGACCACAGCGGGUACAACCAAAAGUCCGACAUCUGGUCUCUCGGGUGCCUGCUUUUCGAGAUGUGCAGCCUGGUUCCCCCCUUCGAUGCGGCCGAUCAGAAGCAACUGAAUGCCAAGAUCCUGACGGCGCAGUGCCCGGCCCUGCCGGCCGCGGCGCAAUACUCGGCCGAUCUGCACAACCUGGUCCGGUGGAUGCUCCAGCGCAACCAGGACCAGCGCCCGACCACGGACCAGAUCCUGCGCUUCCGCCCGGUGCGCCUGGUGUACCGGGAGCGGCGCAUCCAGAAGCACUACGUCAAACUCAAGGAAAUCGAAACGGCUCUGGUGACGCGCGAGCAGGACCUCCUGGCCUUCCAGGAGAUCAUGCGGCAGAAGGAGCUGGCGCUGAAGGAGCGCGAGGCCGUGGUCCAGGCGGCCGAGCAGCAGCUCAAGGCCCGCGAGCAGCAGCUGGCCCUGCUGGAGGCCCGGCUGGUCGAGCAGCGCGACCGGCAGCAGCACCAGCAGAAGACCCUGCUCCAGCGCGAGGAGCAGGCGGCCGCCCAGCUGGAAGACGCCCAGCGCCAGUGGCAGAAGCUGGCCCAGCGGGCGGCCGGCGGCUCGGCCGACGGCACCCCCGGCCGGCCCUCCAUCGCGCACCCGCUGUCGCCGUAUGGAGUUGCGGCUGGCGGGGGGGGGCCCGCUGGCGGGUCGGUGCAUUCGCCGGCCGCCGCCGCCGCCGCCGCCGCCGCCACCGCCGCCGCCACUCCCUCCGCCGUGAUCGGGUCGCUGGAGUCCCUGGGGCUGGGCUCGGCCCGCCGGUCUGCGGAUCUGCCAUCCGACGGACCAUUCAUGCGGGCCGCCGCGCUGGCCAGCCCGGGCGCCGAGGCAGCGCCCUCGGCCCUGGGGCACCCGUCGCAUCAGCCGGCCCUCGCGGCCUCCACCUCGUACAUGGACAUUUCGGUCUUCCCGCCAGGGUCGACGCCCGCCGGGCGGUCAGUGGGCCCCGGCAAGGUGAUCGACCUGACCGGGUCGCCGGCCACGCCACUGCACUCGUCACACUCGAUGUCACGCUCACACACCCCCACCGAGGGCGGGGGCUCGUCGGUGCCGCGAACGGGCGGCAGCCCGGCCCCGGGCCCCGGGGAACCCUUCACCCCGCGGACCUCGGUCGGCCAGCAGUUGGCCGCCGACCGGGGGCUGGUGAUGACCGUCGGCCCGGGGCCCGGGGGCCCGGCACCGCGGGACGCCUCGCCGGCGGUCUUCACGCCGCUGGUGGCGGCCAUGCGGCCGACGGCCAGCGCGCGGCGCCACUCGGCCAGCGCCACCGGGGCGCACCAGCGGCCGGCCGACGAUGCCGGCCCGGCCGCCGGUCGGUCGUUCCCCUUUGCCGGGGACCGGUCGGCCGGGGCCAGUGGGCUUGAUGGGGGGCCGGGCUUCGGCUCGGCUCGGGGGCCCUCCUCGCCGUCGCCCUCGCCGCCGGGGCUGUCCCCGCCGGGAGGCGAGCCGGGGGCCGGGCCGCCCGGGUCCCCGGAGGGCCCCGGCACGGGGCUGGUGUCCCUCCUGGGCACCGGGAGCCCGGCCAGUCCGGAUGACAUGAUGCCGGCCCCGGUGCCGGGGUAUUCCUCGGCGUCGAUGCUGCCGCUGCCGGCCGGCGGCGGGCGCUUGCCGCUGGCGGCGGCCCGGCCGGCCGACGCGUCAGUGGUGGUCUCGCACCCGGCCGAUCGCCGGCGCUAUGACGCCACCUGCCUGCCGCUGCCGGCCCCGGCCAAUGCCCUGCUGAACCGGGGUCCGGCCAUCGGCGGCGGGGGCGGCGGCGGCGGCGGGGCCGGGGCGGACCCGCUGGCCGGGCAUUCGGCCCCGGGGCCGAAGUCCCUGGUGGAUGUCAUCAGCCCGGUGCGCCGGGCGUCGGGACUGGCCGGCCACGACCCGUCGUCGCUGCUGGCGGCCAAUGACCCGCCGUCGCUGCUGUCGGAGCCGCCGCCGCCGCCGGUGGCGGGGGCGGCCGACUCGCCGGGGCCCGCCCGGUCGGGGUUCCUGCUGCCGCGGCGCUUCGCGGACGCCGGCCGGCCGGGCGGCCCCGUGCAUGCCCUCGGCGAUCGCGGCGCCACGGAGCCCCUGCUGACAACCACCUUCUCGUCGAACCUCGCCCCCGGCGGGGGGGGCUACCACUCCCGCCACCAGCCGGCGCCGCUCGGCGGGGUAGCCAGCCAGGCCGGCCGCUUUGUGGACCCUCUGCGGCCGGCGGCCACGACGGCUCCCCUGCUGGACGUGCCGCUUUCCUCCUACUCUUCAGACAUGCUGCUGCAGUACCACCAUCCGCAGCAGCCGCAGCCGCAGCCGCAGUCGCAGCAGCCGCAGCCGCAGCAGCCGCAGCAGCACCGCCACCACCGCGCGGAGGGGGCCCCGACGCCAGCCGGGCCAGCCUCGGGCACCGGGCGAGUGCCGGCGCCGGGCCAUGCGCAGCAGCCGGCCUCCUCGCGUCCCGGGCACCAGUAUGCUCACCACGCCUCGAUGUACCGAUCGCCGGGGGUGGCUGACUCGCGGCUGUAGCGUGCUCGUCCGCCGGCCUGCCAAAUGUACCGACCGCUCUGG